UUACAGACGCCGUCACGUGUCCCCCGGUGUGCGAGCAAAAUAGGCGUUAAAGUGGGCGUUGGCACGAUGACUCCUAUGAAACCUUGACCAUAUGCGAUUAAUUAGAUAUGCUUUGGCUUUCCGUUUAGCUGGCAUUGGUGAGCGCCGUCCGUCACCAGUAAGCUCUUGUCGCUUUCUCCGACCCAUAGUUUGCCCCGGUUCUCCUCUACUCUUAGCCCGAAGACACUCAAUGGAGGCAGGUGGCAACAUAAUCGGCGACGCAGUCCCGCUAGACGAGAAGAAGCCGCCGACCACCUACCAGUUACUCAUUCUCGCCCACGAGAGGACCUCGAGAACCCCGAGUCCACUUUUGGGUGCCAAUGGAGAAGACGACUCCGAGGCGGAGUCCUUCAAGGGUGGCAGGACCGAGGAAGUGGACCGCGACACAAAGGAGAGGGCAUUCGCGUGGUGCCGAGAUUUCCUGUCUGGAGCGUGGAAGACCAUCCAAAUAAUGGACUUUCAAAUAAGCAUCGUCAGUGGCGGCCUGAGUAAUCUGCUGUACCUGUGCAGCCUGCCUGACCAUGUGCCUAGCGUGGAGGAAGAGCCUCGUCAAGUGCUCCUCAGAAUCUACGGUGCCAUUCUCCAGGGUGUGGACUCUUUGGUGUUGGAGAGUGUAAUGUUCGCUAUCCUGGCCGAGCGAACUUUGGGACCAAAACUGUACGGUAUCUUCCCACAAGGGCGCUUGGAGCAGUAUUUUCCGAACACUCGAAUGCGAACUAAUCAGCUGUCAGACGUUGACAUCUCUGCUGAGAUCGCCACAAAAAUGGCUCGUUUUCACAAAAUGGUCAUGCCAUUUAACAAAGAGCCCACCUGGUUGUUUGGGACCAUUAACAAAUACAUGGAUCAAGUGUUGACGCUAACUUUUACGCGUGACACUCAUGUGAAGAAGUAUCAGAAGCUGAUGAAGCUCAACCUGGAAAUGGAGCUGAAGAACCUCCGUAAGCUACUAGCAGAAACGCCAUCACCUGUGGUCUUCUGCCACAAUGAUGUCCAAGAAGGUUUCUGUACCUCUGGUGUCUCUGCAGGUAAUGUUCUAAUUCUGCACAAUGGGGACCAAACCUCAACAGACCGACUGAUGCUCAUCGACUUUGAGUACAGCAGCUACAACUACAGGGGUUUUGAUUUUGGAAACCAUUUCUGUGAGUGGAUGUACGACUACACCUACAACCAGUGGCCCUUCUACAAAGCCACACCAGAGGAUUACCCAAGCAGAGAGCAACAGCUUCAUUUCAUUCGAAGUUAUCUCUCGGAGCAAAGAGGAUGCGGUGACCAAAACGUAGACCAAAGGCAGAUGGAGGAAGACAUUAUCAUUGAAGCCAACCGGUAUGCAUUAGCGUCACAUUUUCUGUGGGGUCUUUGGUCCAUCAUCCAAGCGAAGCUCUCCAAGAUUGAGUUUGGCUACAUGGAUUAUGCCCAGGUCCGCUUUGAUGCCUACUUCAAACAAAAGAAGCUCUUCUCCUGAAGUCCUGCUUGCUUGCCCUCAUGUAAAAAUACUUUUUUCUUUGUUUUUACUUUAUUUAAAUACAUCAAAACCGAUUCCUGGGCCUUGUGCUCUAAGAACAGUAUUCUUAUGCAGAAGUAGUCCCAAGCAAGUUCUAUAAAUCUAUUUGGAUUUCAAGGUCUAAACCCCACCACCAUGAUGCACUAGUCUAUUGUGGACCACUUUUUGACAUGAGCAUUUGUUUUGUCCUUUCAUUGUGGGAAGGCGCUUGUGUCUUUAUUUUUGACGAGCUAACUUGAUCUGAUCAUUGAUGUUCCGUCCACAUUAAUAUGAAGAAAGCACAUUAAGAGAACUGUAAAAUGAAGUUUUUUUUGUUUGUUAUUUGAUGAUUAGACUGUCCUGGAUAAAAUAUUAGAGACAUUAAAA